AUGGACGAAGUCCACGGCACACUAGGCGAACUGGGUCAAGCCGUCGAGAAUCUUCGUGAUGAUUCUCGCAGUACAGCUGAAGGCAUCCGCGAUCAACUCCAACGCAAAGCGGAAGCGGAAGACAGACGGGUGGUUCUUGAUUGGGUUUCAACUCGGACAUUCGUGCUGGAACAGACCGACUUACUCAAUUUGAGAUACGAGGGAACCGGAACCUGGUUUUUGGAGUGCCGGAAUUUCAAGACUUGGUCAUCUUACACUGGGUCCGAGGAAAGGUACAGGAUUCUUUUCUGCCUUGGUGGGAUGGGAGCUGGAAAGACCAUCAUCACGGCGACAGUGGUCGAUUACCUUCGCAGCAAAUACCGAGGCCGUAGUGACAUUGCUUUGGCGUAUGUGUACUGUGACUACAAGAAUCGGUCAUUGGACACUUCAGCGACUCUUUUACGAUCUAUCCUGAGGCAAAUCGUUGAAGCCUUGCCUUCCUCACCUACCGAGUUCAAUAAGAUGCACGAACGCAAGGAUCCACUUCCCUCGACGGUCGUCAAGAAAUUAUUAAGAGACACAAUCAAGAUGAUUCCGAGCUGCAUCAUAGUCAUAGAUGCAAUAGAUGAAUUGGAAGUCUUUGUAUCGAACGAGCGUGCAAGCAUGUUGGACAUCAUUGACGACCUACGGCGCCAGCCAAACGUCAAACUCUUCCUCACUUCAAGACCCAUAAGCACCAUCAGCUACCAAUUCAAACCUACGAAUUCCCUGAUACAAGAAGUCCGUGCGGAGAUCCAGGACUUGGAAACCUAUUUGGGCCAACGCAUCCAGAAGCUGUCACCACUUCUUCGAAGACACUUAGAACUUCAAAAGAAAGUCAAAGAUGCCAUCAUUGGCAUUGUCGACGGGAUGGACGACCUCACCGUUGCAGCUGUCAACAGACGCUUGACUGAAUUACAAAGAGAUGCACACAUUGCGCAGUCGACCCCGAACAGCGGCGACGACUGGAAGCAUCGGUUGCUCUGCAAAGCCUAUGACAACGUCUUGGAUAGAAUUAAAACGCAAGAGCACGAUAGCGUAGCGAUGAAGGCUCUCAUGUGGAUCACAUACGCCAAAAGACCCCUGAAGGUUCCCGAGCUUGUGGAAGCUAUCGCAGCCGGCUUGCACCAUGAACGACUAGCGAAAGACAACAUGUAUGAGAGAGAAGAUAUCGUGCCCGCAUGUGGAGGAUUAGUCGUUGUCGAUGAAACAUCUGGCGUGGUUCGCUUGAGCCAUUACUCAGCACAGGAAUACUUCGAAAAGACCUGUUUUCCAGAGGCCCAUUACGAGAUCAGUGGCGUGUGUGCUGCCUACCUGAUUCUCUAUGAACGUCCCGAUUGUCAAUCAGGACUCGGCCCUUCUUCCUUCAACCGAGUAAGUGCAGCCCACGAACGAACCACUUACGAAGGGUGCGAUGACAAUAUACACGGGCUGGAAAACGUGGCAGAACUUCUGGAAUACGCCCGAGAUAACUGGUCUAAGCAUGUUCACCAAUCCCAAGCCACAAUGCUCCAUGGAAAAGUUCAGGAGCUACUCGCAAUGAGGUCUUAUGCCGAGAGUCUGGCCGGUUUCGACGCUCACGAUGAAGCAAGUCCCCUACAUGUGGCAGCGGCUCUGGGUAUCGACAUUGCCGUGGCGCAAAUUAUUUCCGAAAACAAAGAUACAGUUCAUAUCAAAGACGCCAAACACCAAACGCCGCUAUGUUACGCGCUGCUGCAUGGCCACGAAAGUACAGUCCGCACGCUUCUUGCAGGAGGUGCAAGAUCAGAUGCAUCAUUCAGCUUGGACAAAACAGGCCCUAGGCUGCCGAUGUCUAUGCCGUUGGUAACGACAAUGAGGAUCCCCAGUGCCCGGUUAUUCCACAUCCUUUUGGACACUUCUCAAGCUUAUCACAACUGGCGGGCCCUAAGUGGGAAAUUGCUGAUAGAGGCUUGUUUCUUUGGGCACAUCUCCUUCGUGUCGGCUCUUCUCAGCCGGGGGGUAGAUCCCAACUGCAUCGAAGAGAUACAUUGCGGGGAGACAAUUAGCCCAUUACUAAUCGCUGCAUGUGCUGACACAGGCACCCCUGAUAUUGUACAAGAGCUACUGUCUGAUGAACGCAUUGAAGUUGAUCUGCAGGUUGGAUUUGCGUGUACCCCACGAACUGUUCUUUCCCACGCCGUGGAGCGCAAUCUCGAGGCCAUCGUCGAACGACUCCUAGCUGGAAAAGCUCGAGUAUAUGACAAACUGCCUCGGAAAGUGUCCAAGAACAAACGCUUUCCAAGCACGUCUCACUUGGACGCUCUUGACGGUGCUGUGGUACAGGGAAACCCGCAUAUCAUGGAAAUGGUUUUUCAACAAGCACCGGACUUUGACUUCAAGUCAAGUAAAGGGCGGUACCUUACUUGCACAGCUGCUUACUUCGCCUCCCUGAAUGGUCUCAGAUUUCUGCUUGAUAAUGGAGUAGAGGUUGACGGCGCAGACACGACCGGAAAGACACCGCUGUUCUACACGAUGAAGGGACUGAAAUCAUACAAUUCUGAUGCGACAUGCAACGAUCCCGAUGCGGCAGGCGACGAUUACAAGAAGACGUAUAAGUGGUUUUUAAGGAUGAAUGAUACUCCCAGCGAGCAGACGAUGUUCGAACGAGCUCGGGAGAGUGCGCAACUACUGAUUCAGAAUGGGGCACGAAUCGACCUCGGCGACAAGCAUGGACGCACCGCCUUAUCAUACGCUGUUCAUAAGCCAGAAUACGCAAGGCUGUGUCUUCAACUGCAGGCAAGCGUGAAUUCCAAAGACUUUAUAGGAAGAACACCUCUUUCCCAUGCUUCCCAAGUCCGUGGAAAUGAGCCAGUUGUUGAGAUGCUCCUCGGACAUGGGGCCGACCCGACGUCGAAGGAUAUUGUGGGAAGAACGCCGCUGUGGUUCGCUGUUCAAGCUCAAUCUUCGGGUAACGUCCGUCUCCUCAUAAGCUCCUGCAAAGAUUCAUCUUUGAUAGUUUCCAAAGAUAUCUUUGGAAAGAACCCCAUCACCAUGUCACUUGCAGAUGUCAUUGGUACCGAUUGCGUCCCUUCAUACUUUGAAGAAUUGCUUUGUUUCAAUGCAGAUUCAUCAGAGGGUCCAAAGAUUCUUGAUCAACCGAUGCUUCUAGCGGCCAAAUACGGCCAAAAGAAAAUCUACGAGAAGCUUCUAGAGAAGGCUGACUCCAUCGGCUACCAUGUACCCCUCCAACUCGACUCUUUUGCCCGAGAUUGA